AUGGGUGAGGAGAGUGUCGAGCGCAGCGAGGGCAAGCUGCAGCAACAGCACGUGGCCGAUUACAGCCCGGUUCGGCAGGAUCAACAGCAGCUUGCCCAGGCGCCCCAGGACGAACCGGUACAGGAUGCUGACGAGUUGAAGGAUAACGACAGCACGAUCGAUCGCCCACACAAUGCCACUUCCGAGAAUGAAUCGACCAAAUUGAACAAGACGCUUCCACCGGCACUGGUGUUGGUGCCGCAGGAUAAUGCGCCAAGCGUGAACGACGAGCCAGAGGAGAAUGGUCAAAAUCAAAACGAGUCAAACGGUCGGGUCGCUUUGUUGCCCCGGAAUGGCAGUGCCACGAUCUGCCGUAGCAUAUCCAGCAGCACCAUGCAACCUACCACCAAAGCUGGCCAACCGGAUGGAACACGGCAUCGCUCCGGGCUAGAAGAUGGCGAUCUUGAGGACGGUACGACGGAGGACGAUUAUGAGCUAGUACCACCGGAUGGUGGCUGGGGCUGGCUCGUGCUUGCUGGUUCCAUGCUGGUGAACAUUCUCGUUCCGGGAACGAUCAAGAGUUUCGGUGUGCUGUUCGUCGAGUUUCUGGAGGCUUUUCAGGCGUCACCCUCGUCAGCUGCCUGGAUACCCGCGUUGUGCUACUUCCUGUACAGCUCUCUGGGACCGCUAUCGAGCAUCCUGUCGGUGAAAUACAGCUACCGGACUGUUACCAUCAUCGGGGGAACGUUUGCGGCGGUCGGUAUGAUCAUCACCUUCUGGGCGACAUCGAUCAACUACUUGUACAUCAGCUACGGCGUGUUGGUUGGAACCGGCGCAGGACUCUCCUUUCCACCGACCGUGUACAUCGUGACAUCCUACUUUGUGAAGCUGCGCGGACUCGCGAACGGUUUGUGCAUCUCAGGCAGUGCCCUUGGAUCGAUCAUCCUGCCACCGGUGUUGCGUUAUUUGCUGCAAAACUUCGGUUACCGUGGUGCCUGUCUAAUCAUGGGUGGUAUCACGCUGAACGUGUGGGUAGCGGCGAUCUUCUACGAGCCGGUGGAAAAGCACAUGAAACGUGUCCGCAAGGUACGACCCGACGAGGAACUUGACGACAGGACGAUCGUUCCGGUGCAGCAGCGUGACGUGAUUCUGGAGGAGUGCGAAUCAAACGAAACGGACCCACUGGCCGAUGGUGGCAGCAUCGCGAAUGGCCAGGUAGCAGGAUCGAACGCAUCUCAGCACCCGCAGCAGGGAAAACUGCCAAACGUGAAGCCCAAAUUUGCCAUCACUGGUGACGAUACGCCAACCAUCUCAACGCCAACGCUCGAGCACAAAUCGCCCGAUAUCUUCCGGUUUAACCCAAAGAACGGUCUGAUUGAUAGUUUCGCCCGAAGCGCUUCUGCAGCCGCUGUGCCCGUCUCAUAUGGUCGCGAUCGGGACGAACUGCUGGGAGGUGCCGGAACCGGUGGAAGCACUCAGCGCCAGCGGAAGAUCAGCACCCCGAUCAAGGAGGAACACCGCAAUCUAACCUUCACCAGCCAGCUCAGCUCAAACUCGUUCCUCGGCAAUGACGGCACGCUCGGUUCCUACUUCCGGCUGAACCGGUUGAACUCGAUCCGAAGCGGCGUGGGCCAGCAGGGAAAUGGCCAACAGCCGCUGCAGCAGCAGCAUCGGCCACCGAAACGCUCGCCCUCGACUAGCAGCUUCCAGUACAUGAGCACGCCGUUCCACGGUAGCACACUGUCCACGCAUCAACCGCGCGAGUUUGCCUCCCAUCUGUCCUUGCGCUCGUUCGGCGGAAGCGUGUCGCGUACGAAAGCUUCCGGUGCGGCCGCGGAAGGACCCGACGGGCAGGAUGUUGGCAAAGCGGGCAAGAAAGACGAUGGUAGCAAGACGACGUUCUUCGAUCUGUCGUUGCUCUCCGAUCCGACGUACCUCGUGAUUCUCAUCUCGAAUUCGACGAACGCGAUCGGGUACACUAACUUCAUCAUUCUGCUGCCGGCGUACGCAAUUUCGCUCGGUUUCGACAAGAGCCUGGCCGCGUACCUGUUGUCGAUUGUGUCCACGCUCGAUCUGGUAGGGCGCAUCGGUGGUUCGGCCCUGUCGGACACUGCGCUUAUCCCCAAAACGUGGUACUUUGUCGGCGGACUGUCGAUAUCGGGGUUGGCGUUGGCGUUGCUACCGACCGUGAGCGAUUACACGAUGGUGAGCGUGUUCUGCGGUCUGUUUGGGCUCGCUUCCGGCACGUACGUGGGCAUAACGGCCGUCAUCAUGGCGGACAUGCUGGGAACGGAGCGGCUCACGUCCUCGUACGGUAUCAGCUUGUUCGUGAACGGCAUCCUGCAGCUGGUGGGUCCUCCGAUCUGUGGUGUGAUCUUCGAACGCAUGGGGCUCUAUCAGCCGCUGUUUACCGCGCUGGGUUUCAUCCUGUUGGGCGGAUCAGCCCUGUGGGGCUUCAUGCCACUGAUUAACCGUCAGAAGCGCCGAAAGGCCGAAGCAGAGGCGGCCAACGCGAAGGCUCUCCUCGAGGGUGCGAAGCUGCCACAAACUUUAGACGAUGAAGGUGGAUCGUUGAUCGCUUAAAUCCGUGGAGCGAUGCUAACACUGACGCAGAGCCUGCUGUGAAAGAGUAUUCCGCAUUUUCACACUCAAUGACAAUUUCGCUCAAUU